AUACGUCCAGGAGGCCGUUACGUUACAGAACCGAGCGACUAAAAAAUCUGACAGGCCGCGUUUGGCGAUUCUUCUUCACGUGGAUUAAUAGGAGCGACACAGUGUGUUAUCGAUGCAUAAAAAGUUAAGUUGACUCGCGCACUGUGAGUGAGGGGCACCACCGCACAAACACUGCACUUGGGCUACGGGAGGAAUGGGUGCGUGCGUGUUUCAGAUAGCUCACUGAAAGCUCGCCGUGCCGAAUGACUCUAAAAACACCUCCGUCCGUGGCACGGCUACAGAGACGACGUGGGAGCCUCUUUCUACACAACGACGUUACAUAGGUAUGGAAAAACAGGAACCGAGGGAGCCCGAGAUCCAACCGUGCGCUGAGCAGGCAGAUUGUCUCUCAUUAAUAAUAAGCGGCGAGGAGGAGACGAUAGACGAGCCGACGGACUUUGGAGUUGCUUUUGGAGGCGACGACGGCAUCACCAAUGGCCACGGUCAGGAAGAUGAUGAGGAGGAGGGGGAGGGGGAGGAGGAGGAGGACACAGGGGUCCCCUCCGGCUCCCCCACGCACACCACGUCCUACUGGAGCAUCAGCGAAGACCCGGACGCCCCCUUCCUCCUGUCCCCCAUCCCCGGCCCCUCUCCACGCAAAACCACCACCAUCCUCAACAACAUCCUCACCAACACCACCACGUCUCCACCUCCCUCCCCAUCCCCGUCGCAGGUCGGAAGUUCGCCGACGACACCGCCGGCGCGGGCCUCGCGCCCCGGCCUGAGCCGCAUUCCAGGCCGCGACCACCGGCGCUACUACCACGAGUACUGGCGCAGCGAGUACCUGAUGGACUUUGACCCGCGCCGCCACGGCAUGAUCUGCAUGGUGUGCGGCAGCUCGCUGGCCACGCUCAAGCUGAGCACCAUCAAGCGCCACAUACGCCAGAAACACCCGGACUCGCUGCUCUGGAGCCCUGCCGACAAGGAGCUCAUCCGGCAGGGCUGGGAGAGCCAUCUAGGGAUGGAGGCCCUUGGGCAGAGGCCCUUUGGGCUGGGGAGUGGAGCCGGAGAUGGAGAUGGAGAUGGAGAUGGAGGAGAGAGUGGUGGAGGUGGAGGUGUUGCAGGAGAUGGUGUUGGUGGUUUCGUGGAUCAUGAAGAAGACAAUGGUGGUGGAGGUGGUGGAGGAGGUGGUGGUAUCAUGGAAGAUGGAAUGAGAGAAGUGACGUCUCCGAGGCAGCUGGAUGGUGGACGCCGGUCAACUGGUAAAAUUACAGUGGUCACCCCGAAGCGAUCACCGUCCUCAGCCAACAACAGCUAUGGUGGAGGUGGCAUUGGGGGUGGUAGUGGGGGUAUGAUGAUGGUGAGCCAUCACCUCCCAUCCUCUCCUCUUCCUCUGCCCCCCAACCCCAUGCAGGAUGAGAUGCAGAUGCCCUCCGCGGAGACACUGGAGCGCUACCUGAACGACUCCCUGCACGCCUGGUUCCGACAGGAGUUCCUGAUGGAGUACCAGGCCGAGGCCAGUCGUCUGGUGUGCAUGGUGUGCGGCGGCACGCUGCCCUCGCUCCACCUGGACCACAUCAAGAGCCACGUGCUGGACCUGCACCCCAACUCACUGGUCUUCAGCUCCGAGGAGAAGCACUGCAUCCUGCAGGGAUGGGCACAGACACACGAAUCAGAGUCCAGCCCUUUGCCGGAUUUCUACAAGCUGGAGCCCCCAGACACCAAAGACUCCAUGGACACUCAGCCCCACCCCCACCCCAACCCGACGGACCCCGGCAGCUGCAUGGCCUUCCUCUCUCAGGACGUGGACGAGCUCAUCACCCCCAUCCCUAUCCCCAUGGAGAUGACCCUUGACCUGCACCUCAACCACACCCACAUGACACUUAAUUCAUCACCACCGCCAAACACACUACCACCCCAUCACCAUCACCACCCCCUACCCUCUCCACCUCCACCCACAACAUCAGCACCAUUGCUGGGUACCUCAGCAUUACCAUCCCCCUCGAAAAGACCAGCACCACCACCACCCCUCCACCAUCACCACUCCACCUCUCCUCCUGCUCCUCCUGCUCCUCCUCCUCCUCCACGUCCUCCUCCUCGGCCCCAGCGCAAGCGUAAGCUGCGUGACGGCGCCCCGUGGCGCCUGCGUCUGGACUACAUGGUGGCGUACGGGCCGCAGGGCGCCGGCUGCUACUGCAUGGUGUGCUGGCAGGAGCUGGGUGCCGCCAAGGUGAGCGGCUUCAGGCAGCACAUCCAGGAGAGCCACCCAGAGACCACCAGGAUGAGCCGCAGGGAGCGGGAGCAGGUGGCCGACGCCUGGGUCAGGGACGCGCCCCACCGGGGAGGAGGAGAUGGCACACAUGGAAUAGAGUCCGAUGGUGACAUCAUCGCCCUGUCCAUAUCCGAGGACAUGGAGCUGGAGGCCCUCUCGCCAACCCCAACACCCCCCCAUCACCACAAUAAGGGCGCCACACAACAACAACAACAACAAAAACAUCAACAGACCAAAUCCAAGGGCCAGGCGGACAGCAGCAGUCGCCUCAAAGGCUCAGCCGCCAAGAACGGCCCCGCGACCACCUCACCCUCCGCCACCGCCUCCGACCUCGCCGCCCCUCCCCCGUCCCCCGCCCCCAGUACUGGAGGAGGCGGCACCGGCACCGGGCGCCACGGGCACUACCCGGGCAAGGACCAGCGCCGCAACUACCAGGCGCGCUGGCGCACGGAGUUCCUGAUGGACUACGACGGGCGGCGCCACGGCCUCAUCUGCAUGGUGUGCGGCGCCACCCUGGCCACGCUCAAGGUGAGCACCAUCAAGCGCCACAUCCAGCAGGUGCACCCGGCCUCGCUGGCCUACAGCGCCCGCGAGAGGCAGCAGGCACUGCAGGCCUACGGCCACCACGCCACCGUCGACACAGUGGCAGACUUGAUGGCGAUGGGCACUGCGGCAUCCGCGGAUGAUGGAUUCGCUACUCAGGACUACGGCCAUGGGCAGGAUACUACGGGCAUGGGCAUGGGCGACGCCAACUGCGCUGACAAUGGCAGCGAUGGAUCGGGGCUGUUUGUGAGUUAACUUAAUGCAGCCGGGAGGGAGGGGAACAGAGAGAGAGAAAGUGAGAGAGAGAGAGAGAGAAGGGUGGGGGAGAGAGACAGAAAGAGGAGUGAGAGGGUGAGAGGAUGGGUCUCCUUCUAUCUGUUUCUGCCUCUUUCUUUAUAUUUAACUCUCACUUGAGGAUAGAGGGAGAAUCAGUGAGAGAGAGAAAGCAGACCACAGGAAUGUUCAGUAAGGAGGAUGGAAGGCUCUUGCAGUUUGUCUUUCUCUCUCUCUUUCUAUUGCUUAACUUUAACUCUCUCUUACACAGAUACAGAUGUAUGAGGAACA